CAACAGGACCAGAGCACAGUGGAAAAGGAGGGGGUAUGAAAAAAAAAAUAUCGCAGCACGAAGAUAUAGAAGCAUAGGGUCACACGACCGCAGAAAACGGACUUCGAGGCAUGCUCGGCGCCGGGUCGCCUCGGGACAGAGACGCAGCAUCGUCUCUCUCUUUUUUCUCUAGGAUUUACGCUGAAGAAGAGGCUUGCUUCUCCGAAAGGGGACAGGGCACACUCCUCAACGAUGGAGAUGGGUGGAUGCCUCGCGGCUGGAUAAGAAGGAAGGGUCGGCCUCACGGCUCAAUUUGUGAACCUUUAACGGCGUUGGUUCUUGUGUUUUCUCUCCUUUCUUUUUGCGUCAUCUCCCUUCUUAGUCUAAAUACCCCUCCCCCCCGUCGUCGUCACGAAAAAUUGGAAAUUCUAGGUUCCCCCUUCGGACAAGCGCGAAGAUACUCCUCAAAAUCGUGGGCAUACCAUCUGCACCACGUUUUUUUUUUUGUCGUUGUUUGCUAUUGUUGCUUCGUGUGCAUUGCGAGGAGGAUGGGAGGAAAGAGAAGAGAUACCUUGUUGUCAGCGGCAGCUAUUAUUUGAGUUCUAUGUUUGGAGUAUAGCAUCUUAGUUUUCCACACAAGCGACGGGCACGUUCCUGUUCCUGCUUCUGGUCGACUAGAAAGAGAUAUACUAUUCUAACUCGUCCUCGGUUUAUGACGACUGGUGCCAAUUCGUGUGUGUGUGUGGGGG